AUCAGCUGUUUGCACAUCAUACAAGGCUGCAGGGAAGUCUACAAACAAGAAUACAAGAAAGAGAAUACAAAGUGCUACUGAAACUGUGAGCAUCGGAGCAACAUGGAGUACACAUUCAGAGCAGUAUCUCACAGCCCUGGGAUUAUAAUCUGGAGAAUUGAGAAAAUGGAGCUGGUCCAAAUCCCUGAGAAAUCUUAUGGAAACUUUUAUGAGGGCGACUGCUACGUACUUCUGUCUACUCAGAAGGUGAGCAGCUCUCUGUGUUAUGAUAUCCACUACUGGAUCGGCUCACAGUCCACUCAGGACGAACAAGGUGCAGCUGCUGUUUACACCAUACAGCUCGAUGAAUUUUUGGGUUCCACUCCGGUCCAGCACCGAGAGGUUCAGAACCAUGAGUCUGAUGCCUUCAGGGGCUACUUCAAACAAGGCAUAAUCUAUAAGAAAGGUGGAGUUGCAUCAGGAAUGAGGCACACUGAAACCAACACCUAUGACGUUAAGAGGCUGCUUCAUGUCAAAGGGAAGAAGAGAGUGAUUGCAACCGAGGUGGAGAUGAGCUGGAAGAGCUUCAACCUUGGAGAUGUGUUUUUGUUGGACAUUGGCAAGACUAUUGUUCAGUGGAAUGGACCAAAGUGCAACAAACAGGAAAAGCUUAAAGGCAUGUUGUUGGCCAAAGACAUCCGAGACAGAGAGAGAGGAGGUCGGGCAGAGAUCCGAGUGAUCGAGGGUGAUGCAGAGGGCAACUCUCCUCAGAGCAUGGAGAUCCUGAGCAGUGUUCUUGGAGAAAGAAGCUUUGCGCUGAAGGAUGGAUCUCCAGAUGAAACUGCUGACCAGGAACAGAAGGCGAAGCUCACACUUUACCAUGUGUCAGACGCUGAUGGUCAGAUGAAGGUCACAGAAGUCGCUACCAGACCAUUGGUUCAGGAUCUCCUGAGCCAUGAAGACUGCUACUUCCUGGAUCAGGGAGGGAUGAAAAUCUUUGUAUGGAAGGGGAAGAAAGCAAACAGAGCUGAGAGACAGGCUGCUAUGGCCAGAGCUUUGGAGUUCAUCAAAGCAAAAAACUACCCAAUCACUACAAAUGUGGAGACGGUGAAUGACGGGGCAGAGUCAGCUCUCUUCAAGCAGCUGUUCCAGAGGUGGACUGUAAAGAACCAGACUCAAGGUCUGGGCAAAGUGCAUACAAGAGGGAAAGUUGCUCAUGUCACACAGGAAAAGUUUGAUGCCUCUCUGAUGCACAUGAUGCCAGAGGUUGCUGCACAGGAGCGAAUGGUGGACAAUGGCUCAGGUCAAGUGGAGGUGUGGAGAAUUGAGAAUCUGGAGCUUGUCCCUGUGGACCCUCAAUGGUACGGAUACUUCUAUGGAGGAGACUGCUACCUGAUCCUCUACACUUAUCUAGUCAACAACAAGAAGUGUUACCUGCUCUAUAUAUGGCAGGGCCGUCACGCCACACAAGAUGAAGUGGCAGCCUCAGCAUUUCAGGCUGUGGACUUGGAUCAGAAGUACGGGGGAGAGCCAGUUCAAGUGAGAAUAACAAUGGGCAAAGAACCAAGACACUUUAUGGCCAUGUUCAAGGGUAAAAUGGUCAUCUUUGAGGGAGGCACAUCUAGAAAAGAGUUUGCUGAUCCAGAGCCACCCAUAAGGUUGUUCCAGGUCCACGGUUCUGACCCGUCCAACACAAAAGCCAUUGAGGUUCCAGCGCUGGCCACCUCUCUAAACUCCAAUGAUGUGUUUCUACUAAAGUGCCAAUCGGGAGUCUAUCUGUGGUGUGGAAAGGGAUCAAGUGGAGACGAGAGAGCCAUGGCAAAGGAGGUGAGCUCUGUGAUUAGCCAGCAAUCACAGCAAGGCAAUGAAGAGCUUGUGGCCGAGGGUCAGGAGCCCAUUGAGUUCUGGGAGCUGCUCGGAGGGAAAGCUCCCUAUGCUAGUGACAAGAGAUUACAGCAAACGGUUUCAGACCACCAGCCGCGCCUGUUUGAAUGCUCCAAUAAGACAGGCCGUUUCAUUGUGACCGAGGUGACUCAGUUCACGCAGGACGAUCUCAAUGAGGAUGAUGUCAUGCUGCUGGACACAUGGGACCAGGUGUUUCUCUGGAUAGGUAAAGAGGCCAAUGAGGUAGAGCGUAAAGAAGCACUGGUCACCAGCCAAGAGUACCUGCGCACCCAUCCAGGUGCCAGAGAUCCAGACACCCUCAUCAUCUUGAUCAAGCAAGGAUUUGAGCCACCGAUCUUCACUGGGUGGUUCACAGCAUGGGACCCUUCCAAAUGGAGUGGAGGAAAGAGUUACGAGGAGUUGAAGAAGGAGCUGGGAGAUGAACUGUCACUUGUUCAUGUUACAGUUGAGCAGAACUGUGUUGAACCUCAGAAAAACUUUCAGUCCUUCCCACCUGACGACUUGGUGAACAAGCUCGCCAGCGAACUGCCUGAAGGUGUUGACCCAACCCAGAAAGAGAAACACCUGUCUGACUCUGACUUCUACGACGUAUUUGGCAUCACCAAAGACGACUUUGCCAGCAUGCCGCAGUGGAAACAACUAAACCUGAAGAAAGAAAAGGGGAUGUUUUGAUCAGAUUGUUUUCUGUACUUGAUAUAAACUUCCCUCUUUAGCUUAACCUGUUUUUGGAGUAAAUGUUAAUAAUGUGUCUUUUUAGGUCUGAUUUUUAUUGUAAUUCAUACAUU